CUUGGACUUAUUUGAGAGACAAUUUGGGAUGUAAUUUUUUUAGCUUCAUUUUUAGAAGAGGUGAGCCUUGUUUUUUGGCGUGUAUCCGUGUCAUGCUUGUUGUUACGGGGUGCGGUCUGUUGCUAUGCUGCACCCCCCCCACCCCAUCUGUCUUUAGCAUGGCCAGAUGUGUGAAGAAGUGAAGCUUGCACCCGGCUUGGAGUUGACUGUGCAGAGCGAGGGGCUGCAGCAGCUCCCCUGUGGGCCCAAGGGAGGAAGGGGAGGCAUCACCAGACUGUGUACCUUGUAGCUCUCCCUUUCUUCUUAGCACCAGCAUGGGUCACUUCUAACUGGACCGUACAAUGGAUGUAUGUCAAUGUGGAUUUCAACGUGCGCCGGUGCUCCAGCAAAGGUCAGAGUUCACGAGUGUGCACUGGAGUGAGGAGGGCAAGGCACAAGACAUAUCGGUCCACCAACCAGCAGGGACACAGCCCCAUUAAUGCUGUGGACAAACUUGAAGAAUGAUGAGCUCCAAAGAGGAAGAAACUUUGCGUUUUUUCCACUAUGUUGAAGAGAAUGGGCUGAGAGCCUACAAUGGCCUUAUAGCUCAGAACCUGGAUCAUGCCAGGAAUGAGAGAAACCGGACAUACCUGCAGGAGAAAAAUGAUAAAAAGAGAAAACAGGAGGAAGCCAUAAAGAGAACGGGCGAGGACAUAGCAUCUGAAGGCAAGCACUUUCGCAUGGGUUCAAUCACUAUACCGGAGCCCCAUGAACGCGUGCCCUUACCCCAGCCACAUGCCCUCGCCUGCGGCCAAGGCUUCUCCGUGCGCUCCCAGUCACUGCAUUCGGUCGGUGGGGGGAAUUCUGGAGGAGGAGAGGAGGAAGUGGGAAGUCCUACCUCCAGGAAACAGCCCCCUCCCAAGCCCAGGAGGGACCCGGCCACCAAACUGAGCAUGUCUUCUGAGGCAGUGGACCACAACCCCACGUCCACCUGCCGCGGGGACAGAUGUGAUGCACCACAAGGAUGCAGUGAGGACUGCAAAAGGGUGCCACCACCAAAACCUAAGAGGAACCCCAACACUCAGCUGAGCGUUUCCUUUGACGAGUCCUACAUCAAGAGCCACAGCAGCAGCGGGGGGUGCACUCCCAAAGCCCUGCAUCAUGUGACCUCACCUUGUGACCACAGCACAUCCUCCCCUCACAGCGACGACAGCCCCACAGAUGACUGUGAGGAUGAGCCUGUCUACAUAGAGAUGGGAGGCAUAGACAUUGGGCCCAGGGAGCCUCUCAAAAGUGAGGAUGAGGAGCCUGGGGAGUCAGUGUAUGAAGAGAUGAAGUACCCAAUUUUAGAUGACCAUGAAUAUCGUACAGACCCUAUAGGGUGUCGUUCUGCCUGUCCCACUCCAGCACCCUAUGACCCAGAACCUCUCAGUCGCUGUUCCACCCCUCGCAACAUUCCCCUAUGUGACAUUCCUGCCCCUUUCCCAAACCUGCUCACCCAUCGCCCUCCUUUGCUGGUGUUCCCACCUGCACCAGCUCAGUGCUCGCCCAACUCAGACGAGUCCCCCCUCACUCCUCUGGAUGUGACUAAACUGCCCAUGCUGGAGAACCAGCAGUACAGUAAAUCCCCCACAUCAUCCUCAGAGCCCCCCUCUUCAGCACACAUCCGCCGAGAGCUGACCGCCACCCCGACCCUCACCGUGUCAGGGCGCUCUUCUGCUCCUCCUUUGCCCUGUACACUGUACAAAUCAUCCUCUUCUUCAAACUAUCAGCGCAGCCACUCAGCCUGUCCUUCACCAGUCAGCAUGGGCCGCUGCCUGACCCCGCUGAGCCUCAUGCGUACUCCUGCCUUCGAUGCUCCAAUGCCUUUUCCAGGGGGCCUGCCGCGCAGUGCCUCUGCCACUCCUCAUGGGAAAGGAUCCCCACCACAGGACUCUGCUGGACGACUCCAUGGCUCUAUGCAAAAUGUGUCAGCAGGACGCUCUAGGACCCCUACAAGCCCACUGGAUGAGCUCACCAACUUGUUCACAACAGGGAGGAAUAUGCUGAAGAAGAACGCAAGUGGCAGGAAGUCCAAAGAGCCCGGAGAGACUGAGUCUAAAAGCAAGUCUCAUGGUGAAUCUAAGCGUGAGGGGAAGGAAAGGCAUAGCCAUGGCCACAGUAAGGAGUCCAAGCGAGAGUCCAAGGAUCGCCACGGACACAAAGAGUCCUCUCACCGGAGAGACAGAGACAAAGACAGGGAUAAGGACCGAGACCGCGAGUCCCUGUCACACCGACGGAACAGCAAAGACCGGACAUUAGACCCUCCACCAAUCCGCAGGGACAGCAGGGAGAGCAGGGACCAGGGCUGCAGCAGUGUGGAGCCCAUUCUGGUUAGACGGGAUUCCAAAGACAGGGGCUCCUUAGAACCUGCUGGUAUGAUCAGGAGAGAUUCCAAGGACAAAGGCACAAGCAAUGGGGACAUGAUGGUACGGAGGGACAGUAAAGACAGGAGUGUGGGACACUGUGUGGAACCAGUGUCAAGACAGGACAGCAAAGACAGAGAGAGACUGUCCGAUCACCCGCCCGAGCUCCUGCCAAAACAAGAAAGUAAAGAGCGGGUGAGGAAUGGGCUGGACUGUAGACACGAGAGCAAAGAGAGAUUGAGGGACCAGCCACCUGAACUCUUGCCCCGACAGGACAGCAAAGAAAGAACAAGGAAUGGGUUGGACUCACACUAUGAAAACAGAGACAAACCACCAGAGCUUCUUCCUAGGCAAGACAGUAAAGACAGAGCUAGAGGGGGGCUAGAUUACAGACAAGAGCAAAGACCGGAUCUGUUACCAAGACAGGAUAGCAAGGAGAGGAUGAGGAGUGAGUUGGAACAUAAGCAUGAAGGUAGAAUAGAUCAACCACCUGAGAUUAUUCCCCGACAAGAAACAUCCAGAGGUCAUAAAGAGAAAAAUGGCUACAGCUUUGAGUCUAAACAGGAUUUGAGGAACUGCCACAAUGGAGGGGAUUUGCCUCCACCUCUUCUGCCUAGACAGGACAGUAGAGACCUCAGUAGAACAGGCCUAGAGGUGAGGCGAGAUAGUGCUGAUCGAAAUCUGAAUGGCUCUGAUAAGCACCACUAUGAUGUGAAACAUACCAGGAGCCCCACAGCACGAGAGUACAGGGGUGAUAAUAAAGAGCAAACAUACAGGCCAGACAGCACACCACGACGAGAGCACAGAGGAACUAGCACCAUGGACCAGUCAGCACAAGACAGGAACAGUAGCACAAUGCCAGGGCAGCCUUCAUCCACGACCACACCCACUCGCCAAGGAAGAUCCAGUGGAAGCCCGCCAACCGCAGGAAAUGAAAUUAAAGGAGCACAAAAAUAUGGUCACUCACCCUCUGUGUCUGCGAACCCUUCUCCAAUGGGCACCCCACAGAAAAGAGUAUCUGAAACUCGGAUGCCACAGAUGCCCUGGGUCUGUGGGGACACAACCAUGUUGGAGCAGAUCGAGAGGAAACGCACUCUGUGCCAGGAGAUCCGCUCCAGACAGCACCCACAGCUGCAGAAGUCUCUAGAGAGGCGGUCCCCAGACCGCAGUGAUGACAAGCAUCAGGAGCACAAUCAGUGCAAGCAGGAAAGCACAGCUGUCCUCCCAGGCUGGGGCAGGAACAACGGGGCCAAAAAGAUCCGUCCUCCCCCGUACCCCAGCCAGAAAACAGUAUUCUGGGACACAGCCAUCUGACAGUAAUGACACACCAAACACCUCCCUGCCACA